AGAUGUAUUUCCUGCCAGCAGUCGAUUUGAGAGUUUUAACAAACUUUUUAAGGAAACGCCAAACAAAAUUGUUCUGAGGAACUUCGUUGUUUGAGGCUGGACUGAAGCCUGAGGGCUUUAUCCCUCCCUGGUGAAGUGGAGAAGGGGAAGGGAGAAACAGGGAGAAAUGGCAGAAUUUCCUGUGCUGGUGGAUGGUUUGCCUGCAGAUCUGGAUGUGGACUCAAUAAGGAAUAAACUUUCCAUUUAUUUCCAAAGCAAAAGGAAAUCUGGAGGCGGAGAGUGUGAGGUCAAAGUACAUCAGGACCCUGGGAAAGCCUUGGUGUAUUUCAGAGUCGAGGAAGUGCAGCAAAAUGUUUUGAAGAAGGAAUCACACAAGGUCAAACUUUCGGGAUCGGAGUUCAUUCAGCUGCGCGUCACGCUGUUUGAAGAAGACAAUCCGGUGAAAAAGAAAGAGUUCAGUCCCAGGAAGCCAGCGACAGAAACCAACAGCCUCCAGGCCAGCGCACAGAAUGACAAAACUUCCGAGCAGAGCUCAGCAGGGGCAUCAGACACUCCAAAAGGAGACUCAGAUCAGUCCCCAGCUGCGUUCAUGGUCACCUCUGAGACUCCAAUUUCAACAGAGGUCAUCAUGCUAUAUUUUGAAAACAUUGCAGAAGACACAAAAGUCUCGGAAAAGGGGAAAAGCUCCUGGUUUGUCAUCUGUCCUUCCAAAGACGGCCGGGAAAAGAUUCUCUCGAGGAAACAGCACAAGGUGCUUGGCAACAUUCUGACAGUGCAAGCCUACAAUACAAAGAGAGAACUCCAAGCAUUUGUUCUGAAGGGCUUCGAUGGCUCAGCGAGGUUGGACCACAUCUCACUGUACCUGGACAACUGCAGCGGCAAUGCAGAGCACUCCAUCGAACUCUUGGGUGACGAUGAAACCCUGGUCGUUGUAUUUCAAACAGAAAUAGACUCUCGUAGCUUUGUACUGAAUUGUUAUCAGAAGUUAUUUGCUAACAACCGCAUUAGUGCUGAAUAUCUGCAGAGCACAGACACUGUGUAUGUGGAGGGUAUUCAGCCCACCCAUUCCGAUGACUUCCUGCGCUUGUAUUUCUCCAACCAAAAGCGCAGUGGAGGUGGAGUGCUAGCCGAGAUGUCUGUCAAAAGACAGGAGGGUACUGCUAUUCUCCAGUUUGAAGACCCAAAGGUGGUAAGAAGAUUGGUUGAUAAAGAUCACAAAGAAACUCAGCUGACUGUUAAUCCACAUUACCCAUCUCUGGGUGCACCUGUCUACAGGAGCAAUGAUCCGAUUCCUAUAAACCACCUUGAGGAAUUCACGAUCGCUGUCAAUCCCUGUGUGUUACAGCACCUCCAGAAGGAAAGACGAUGCAUACAAGAUUUGGAUGAAAUUGCAAAGUCUGUUUAUUGCAGUUACACCUUUCAAGGGAACCACUUUGUUCUGAAACCUUCCGUCAAUGAAAAUACCCAACUGUACUUCAAGAUUGCCAAGAAGUGGCGAAAGAACGUGGAAGAUAAAGUGGAGGAAUUUAUCAACAGGUUUGACUACAAGGAGGAGUCAGCAGACGCUGAGCUUUGGGACAAGGUGAAGAACAAAUGCAGGGGUCUGAGAUCGCCGUGGAUGGACCUCCAAUACUCAGAUCAAACCAAGAAGAUCAUUAUGGUCGGAAAACAAGAAAUUGUUUGUGAAACAUCCAGGAAAAUGCGGGACAUCUUGAAGAAGGCAAAGGACGAGAUAGAGCAGGAGAGAACCAUCGUUGAAGAAAAGAUCCAAUUUGCAAGGGCUGUAGAGUUAGCUUUUGUGUUCAAUCACAUCAAGAACGACGUUCAAGAAGUGAAGUUAUCCAGAAGUAAGUCACCGCCGGUCUUAACGGUGAAAGGAGUGAAAAAGAAAGUCAAACUCGCUCUCACCUGCAUCAACUCGUUUCAGUCCCAGCUACGAAACAGGCCUCUGGGUCUGUCCCCAACUCUUGAAGGCUUCAUACGCACUCUGGAUCUGGAGAAAGUGGCUCAGAUUCACUUUGUUCCAAAUAAUAUCAAAGCCACUUUGGUGUUGAAAGGCAAGCUUGACAUCUUAGCCAUUGAGGGGGAUGUGCAGAAAGCCCAAGAUAAAUUAAAGCAGGUGUUUGGAGAUGAGACACUCAAUCUGACGCCAGAGCAAAUCGCAGUCACUGAGGGUGAUGGCUGGAAGGUGUUUCUCGGUGAGCUGGAAGCUGAGGCCAAGUCUAGCAGCGAGGGCUGCAGAAUUGAAUUGCUGAAGAACCCGGGCUCGGUGAUGUUGACUGGCUUUACCAACAUGGUGACUGAUAUCAAGAUCAAAUUGUGCGAUUACCUGGACAAGAAGCGGCUGAGCUCACAAUUCAUCCCUGCCACCAAGGAGCAGGUGGAUUUUGUGGAGAACUGCCUGGAUCUGUCAGAGCUGCUGGACCUCAAGAACCAAGGAAUAUCCCUACUCCCUGUCAGAACUCUUCCCACAGGAUUGAAGGUCACAGGGACGGCGGAGAACUUAAAUACCGCCGUUUCUGCCAUCAAAAAGGAGCUGUUGUCAAUUCAGUCUGAAACGUUCACGUACGACAAACCAGGAGAGGCUUUGGCUCUCAUCAAGCAAAACGAUUCCCUUAAGGUGAAGGCAGGAGACAAUGGGUGUAUGUGUGUAUUGGAGUUUGUCACCAACGAGACCUCAACAUGUCUUAGCAAACACAAGCUACCCAAUGGGCUCAGUCUGACCAUCUGGCAGAAGGACAUCCUACAUCAGAGGGCUGAUGCUGUCGUCUGUCAACUAUGUAAUUGCUCGGAUCCAGUCACCGGGGUUACAAAGGCGAUCCUCACCGCUACAGGGAUUGAUGUGCCAGAGAUGAUCAAUGAUAUUAAGAGCAUAAUGGGAGCGCUGACGGAAGAGACUGCACUAGCCAUCUCCGCGGGAACCUUACCCUUUAAAGAGCUGAUAUUGGCGGUGACACCAGGGGUGGGGAGUGGUGUAAACCCAGUUGUGGGCAACCUACAGAGUGUGGUCAUGAAUUGCCUGGAAACCGCUGAGGUCAACCAAUGCCAAUCCAUCGCAUUCCCCACACUAGGCCGGCCCGGCUCUACCCUCGACCAACGUGUGAGGGAGACCCUAACCGCAAUCCUGGAGAAUUGCAAAGAAACCAAAAGCAAGAAUAAGUAUCUCCAGCACAUCCACUUGGUUGAGAAGGACGGAUCCACGGCCAACAAAUUCAAAGAGAUGGCUCAAAUGAUGGUCGUUUCAGCAGAUUCUAUCAACAAAGUUGAUGCAUGUCUCAAGAAAAGCAGGCAGAUGCCAACAACUUUAAAACAAGGGUAUGUGCCAUCUGUCCCUGCAAUGUUGCUCCUCCCGACAGUACAAAUAGCUGGAAAAACAGUGAUGCUGAAAAAAGGGGACAUCACUCAAGAAAGCACCGAAGCCAUAGUGAAUUCUAACAACAACAGCUUGGACUUAAAUUCCGGGGUGUCUGGGGCGAUACUGAAAGCUGCAGGAAGUACUGUUAAGGAUGAAUGCAAGAAGAUAGGUUCCCAGGCAAAUGAUGGUGUUGUGGUCACUGGAGGUGGGCAGCUGCAGUGCUUAUAUAUCGUGCACAUGGUUGGGCCUAAGACGGCACCUCUCAUUACAGCAGCAGUAGAAAAGACUCUCGGAAAAUGUGACCAGUUGAACAUUGCUACUGUUGCGUUCCCCGCCAUAGGAACAGGCAACGCUGGGAUUGAUUUCCGAGUCGCCAUCAACGCAAUCUUUGUUGGAAUGGAAAAUUACUUCCUGAAGAAUACAGCUUCGAGCCUGAAAACCAUUAAUAUUGUCGCAUUUGAAACAAAUGUUCACGAUAUUUUUGCGACAUUUUUUGAUGAAAGACAGCAAAUGUCUAGUGGAGGCACUGAGGGAACAGCGUCGGUCGCACCCUCAAGCACCUUGUCUCCGGCUUCGUUUCAGUUUACCAAACGCACAAUGCUGCCUACUCAGAUCAAAAUCCACGAGACAAUCGUGGAGGUAAAGCAGGGAGACAUAACCUUGGAUACGGUUAAAGCUAUAGUGAACUCCACGAACACCACUUUGAACCUGAAUAGCGGUGUCUCUGGAGCAAUAUUUACUGCUGCUGGAAAUACCGUAGUGGAUGAAUGCAAAAAACUGGGUACUCAGCCUGCCGAUGGGGUGGUUGUUACAGGACCUGGGAAUCUGAACUGUGAUCACAUCAUACACAUGGUUGGUCAGACCAGCGCGCCCACCAUUACCAGCUCGGUGGAGAAAGUGCUGAAGGAAUGUGAAAGGCUCCAAGUGACGACAGUGUCCUUCCCUGCUUUAGGCACAGGCGCGGGAGGACUCAAACCAGAGGUCGUGAUUGAGAGCAUGCUGAUUGCGUUUGAAAACCAUCUGUCACAAACAAAUCCGUCGGUCAUUAAAUUUAUUUACAUUGACAUCUUUGAGCCAAGAUGUUCGACCCGAUGGAUGAAAAAGAAUCUUGUAGAAAUAAAACUCGGCAAAAUAAAAGUCCAGCUCAUCCAAGGUGAUAUCAUAAAAGAAAAGACAGAUGCCAUUGUGAAUUCCAACAAUGUUAGCCUCAAUCUACAAACUGGUGUCUCUGGUGCUAUUCUGAAAGCAGCCGGAAAAUCAGUGGUGGAUGAAUGUCAGUCACUGGGAGUGCAAAACAAAGACAGUGUUUCAGUUACUAAAGCAGGAAACCUUAGAGUAAAAUCCAUCCUACAUUUGAGUGGAUGGACCCAAGUAAAACAGACAAAGUUAUCCAUUGGCAAAGUACUGAAUCAAUGUCAAAAUCUGAAUAUAAGCUCAGUUUCUUUCCCAGCGAUGGGAACAGGACAAGGCAAGCUGAACCCCAGUAACGUUGUGAAUUCAAUGCUCGAUGCCGUAGCUGAUUACGUGUUGGAGUUUUCUCAAACUUCCCUCUCUCUGAUACGCAUUGUUGUGCUCAGACCUGAUGUACUGAACGAGUUUUGGCAGGGCUUUGCCAUUCGUUUUCACACCUUGAGGAACAUACAGCCUGUACCCGUUCAAGUGAUCCAGCCGGUUUUCCCGAUCAUAUUGAGUGCAUCGAAGUUCCAGAUUGGCACGGUCAGGGUGUACGGUACAAGUAAGGCCGCAAUGGCUAAGGUUCGCAAGGACCUGGAUGAUAUCAUCGGGCAAAACUGGUGCAGCAAAACCACAGACUUUGAUUGUGCCGCGGGUCUGUCUAGCGAUGAGAAGCAGAAGAUCGCAGAGCUCUGUACCAAGCAUCAGCUGAAACUCGAGAUCCAGGAGAAGAAGAUCAUAACAGAGGGAUACAAGGAACACGUUCUUGAGACCAUGCUAACUCUCAAUCACAUACUCCAAUCUGUCAAAGAUAGAGAGGGCAGGAAGGAGGAUGAGGCACAUUUGAAGAACUUUGUGAGCUGGGAGACUGUGCAGAACAGAAAGGCCCAGCCUUACGAUACAAGCUUAAACUAUGAACUUGAAAAAGCUUACCAGGCCAAGAAGCCAAGCUACACCUAUACAAAAAACAUGCAAAGCUUCACCGUUCACUUUGACAGGAUGGAACAAACCGACUCAAGUAAAAAUGUAGUGCCCGUUAGACGGAAGAAUCCUGACAUGGCUCAGUUUGAGUUCCCAGCAAGCUGGAGUCAUAUGAACGAUCAGGACCACCUGGAAGUCGUCCUACAGGUCGGCUCAGCGGAAUACACCAAAGUAGCAAAUGAUUUCACGACAUCUUGCCAGAACAUUGCAGUUAAAAUAAUUCAGAUCGACAGGAUUCAGCAACGCAGACUUUGGCAGUGUUACUCUGUCAGGAAAGAGACAGUGGAUAAAAAGUACCCGAAUGUGGUAAAUGAGCAGAUCCUGUAUCACGGCACCACACGUGAGAUUGCUGACAAACUGAACAAGUUAGGCUUCAACAGAAGCUUUUGUGGCAGGAACGCCACAGUUUAUGGAAGAGGCACUUACUUUGCCAAAAACGCCCAAUACUCAUGUGACAACAAGUACUCCAGCCCCAGCGACCAGGGAUACAAAUACAUGUUUCAGGCACGAGUGAUAACUGGGAAGAUGUGCCUGGGGGACCAGUCGCUAAUAGAACCAACUCCAGUAGAUCCAAACAAGGAUCCGACAAAUCUCUGUGACUGUGCGGUGGACAGUGUAUCAAACCCGUCCAUUUUUGUUAUCUUUUGUGAUGACGGGGCUUAUCCCGAAUACUUAAUAACCUUUAAAAUGUGUGUCAUUGCUCAGCGAAGCUUUCUGAAGCUGGACAACAGGACAAGGGCACGUGAACACAGCAUUGUUGCAGGAGGGCUAACGAUCUGGAGAUGGACUUCAUACGGAAUAAACUUUUCAUUUGCUGCCAUAGGAUACCUGGAGAGUGCUGUGGCUCCAGGAUCGACAUUUCCGUGUAAGCCGGGCCUCAUUGUUAUUGUGGCACUCCUGAUUGUAUCUGCCAUUAAAGCUGAUUUAAAGCGCAAAAAGAAUGUAGAAAAGUACCUUGAAAAGUACCUUGCAAUGUCAGAGCCAACAAUAACAUUGCAAAUAGCUGGAAUAACAGUGAUGCUGAAACAAGGGGACAUCACCAAAGAAAGUGUGGAUGCUAUAGUCAACACUACCAACAAGACAUUGGACUCGAAUUCCGGUGUGUCCGGGGCGAUACUGGAAGCUGCAGGAAGUUCUGUUAAAGAUGAAUGCAAGACGUUAGGUUCCCAGCCAUAUGAUGGUGUUGUGGUCACUGGAGGUGGGCAGCUGCAGUGCUUAUAUAUUGUGCACAUGGUUGGGCCUACGACGGCAGCUCUCAUUACAGCAGCAGUAGAAAAGACUCUCAGAAUAUGUGACCACAGGAACAUUGCUACUGUUGCGUUCCCCGCCAUAGGGACAGGCAAUGCUGGGAUUGAUCCCCGAGUCGCCAUCAACGCAAUCUUUGAUGGAAUGGAGAAUUACCUUCAAUUGAACACGGCUUCAAACCUGAAAACCAUUACCAUUGUCGCAUUUGAUACAACUGCUUAUGAUUCUUUUGCUACAGUUUUUGAUGAAUGUCUGCAAACGUACAGUGGAAGCUCCAUGGGAUCAGUCCAGAGCUACUCCUCACAUCAGUCCAUCUCCCUGUCGGUGUAUCAGUUGGGGACACUGCCGUUCUACCCGACAGUACAAAUAGAUGGAAUAAAAGUGAUGCUGAAACAAGGGGACAUCACUGAAGAAAGUGUGGAUGCCAUAGUGAACUCAACCAACAAGACCAUGGACCUAAAUUACGGUGUGUCUGGGGCGAUACUGGAAGCUGCAGGAAGUUCUGUUAAGAAUGAAUGCAAGACGUUAGGUUCCCAGCCACAUGAUGGUGUUGUGGUCACUGGAGGCGGGCGGCUGCAGUGCUUAUAUAUAAUGCACAUGGUUGGACCUAAGACUGUGCCGUUCAUUACAGCAGCAGUAGAAAAGAUUCUCGAAAAAUGUGACCAGUUGAACAUUGCUACUGUUGCGUUCCCUGCCAUAGGAACAGGCAACGCUGGGAUUGAUCCCCGAGUCGCCAUCAACGCAAUCUUUGAUGGAAUGGGGAAUUACUUGCAGACGAACACGGCUUCAAACCUGAAAACCAUUACCAUUGUCGCAUUUGAUACAAAAGUCCACGAUUGUUUUGCUACGUUUUUUGAUGACUGCCUGGAAAUGUCCAGUGGAAGCUCCAUGGGAACAGGUUCGAACACCCCCACAUAUCAGUUACACUCCAUGCCGGCGUUUCAGUCUAUGCCUGAGCUCCCAGCAAGUUGGACUCCCAUGAACGGUCAGGAGUAUCUGGAAGUUCCCCUACAGUUCGGCUCAGCGGAAUACAACAAAGUAGCAAAUGAAUUCACGACGUCUUGCCAAAACAUUGCGGUUGACAUAAGUCAGAUCGACAGGAUUCAGAAUCGCAAACUUUGGCAAAGUUACUCUGUCAGGAAGCAGACAGUGGAUAGGAAGUAUCCGAAUGCGUUAAAUGAGCAGAUCCUCUAUCACGGGACCUCAGGCGAAAUUGCCGACAAAGUGAACAAGUUAGGCUUCAACAGAAGCUUUUGGGGCAGGAACGCUGUACAUUAUGGAAAAGGCACUUACUUUGCCAAAAACGCCCACUACUCAUGUGACGACAACUACUCCAGCCCCAGUGACCAAGGAUACAAAUACAUGUUUCAGACACGAGUGAUAACUGGGAAGAUGUGUUUGGGGAACAAAUCAAUGAUGGAACCAACUCCAGUAGAUCCAGACAAGGAUCCGAAUGAUCUCUGUGACUGUGCGGUGGACAACAUAUCAAACCCGUCCGUUUUUGUUAUUUUUUCUGACGAUGGGGCUUAUCCCGAAUACUUAAUAACCUUUCAAAUAUAAGGAACAGCACAAGUAGGUGUAAUGAGAGAAUACCGGGGGAUAAUUUUCCACGCGGCGCUGGAUGUAUUCUUAUUUCCUUGACAUUUAAGAAUUUGGCAAAUUUUAAUGAAUUCACUCUCAAUUUGGAAAGCAGUUUACUGUAGUUCUUAAAAGAAUCGGCAAAAAAGUUAAAGACUGUAUUUCUCAACUUGACAAACUGCCAUGGAUCUUUCACCACUGGUGCCUUUGAGGGGAGAGGAAGAGUAAUUCUUUCAUGAGUUCUUGGGUGGGGAGGGAUGGGAACAAUUGUUUACAUCUUAUUUACAUUAUUUACAGGCCCAUCGCCAAGGGAGAGCAAUCGCCCCCCACUAAACACACACAAUGUUUUGCUAAGCAAACCUUGUAUAUAUUGCCGCCCCUGCACGUGUUCCUGGUUCAUUUACCUCCAUAGACACUGGUGCGCGUGGAGAAGGGGGGGGUGGGGCAUAACUAGCUCAGAGGAGCCAAUACCGGGGGGAGAUGGGCACCGUUGACUUUCAUUGACCUCUUCCAGCCUCAGGUGAAACCAGCACAAGUUUUAGGUACAAGUGUCCGGCUGCUUUCUUCAAUGAAUGAAUCAUUAACUUCCAAAGGUGUAAAAUCCCACCUGAGUCUUCAGAUUUACUGCAUUAAUGUAGCAUUUCAACAA